AUGAAUUCGUAUCCACCAGAGCUGCUUGUGCAGCUAGCACCGGUCAUGUUUGCGGCUGGCCUGGAUCCGCCACCCACGACGACACCACAAUCGCCCUCUCCGACAAAGACCCCGGACGCGUUUGCGAUCUUGAGCAGCCGACUCCGCGACGCCCUUUUGUCCCAACGCAAGGUCGCCAUCUGGCAGUCAGAGAAGGCGAAGACGUUCCAAGUCGUGCUCGUUGACAAAGACGUCAGGUUCCCUCCCCGCAAGGUCCUGCCGCCCGAGGACCAUCCCACCAGCGCCGCACAUUCACCGCUCUCACCUCUGACGCCGUCUUCGCCAUUGUAUCCUGAUGGACUUAUUGCGCCUAUAUGGAUACGAAAGCACACGACUCUUGUGCCGUCUGUGUUCGUGCUGUUCACCCGCCUGUUCGAGCUUCCUCCGCACAUCCCGCAAUCCCCGCUGGAAGGCGUGGACCCCGAUCGUGCGCGUGAAAGGGAGCAGGAGGAGCGUCGGAGAGACGCCGAGCUGUCAGCCGACAUUGCGCAGAGGAAGAAGACUACGAAUGAGCGUGGCAUCAAGCUUACGGUCGUGCUGAUAGCCAGCAGACGCAUGCUAGAUGAUGCCUCUCUCGAUGCUCGCCUGACCUUCAUACGAAGAUCCAGUGGCCUUGACUCCAGAGCGGCCCUCUUCGUCUUGAGCCCCGUUUCCGCUGCUGAAUUGACGGAUUUCGUAAGAAGUCUCCAAGAAGCGCUCUACGAACCCGCGCUGGAGUACUACACGACGCAUUCAAAACGUGUCCGCCGCAAGCGCAACCGACAUGCGCAGGGUACCUCGACGUAUCCCAUUCCGAUGACCCCGGGAUCUGCACAAGCGAAGCCUCUUAGGCCCGAAGGAUGGACCGUGCGGUACGAAUACAAGAUGGCUUGCUUUGCCGAAUUCAGGGGUGAGGAUGAAGUAGCGCUGAAACACUAUCAAGAUGCAUAUUCAAUGCUCGCCAUUAUGUUUGGAUCGCCAGCCAUCCUACCGCCGAGGACAAAGAGAUGGGCAGAAGCCAAGGUUCUCGUGGAUUGUAUCAACAUCAAGAUCUGCAAACUGUACUUAUACAACAACGAGCAUGCGCUCGCGCUCCAGCACUACAACUCGCACGUCCGCAAGUUCGGCGAUUUUUCCCGUGGAUGGGGCAUCGGCGAAGACACAUUCGAAUAUUGGAGUUGGACCGCUCGCCAAUAUCGUGUCCUCGCAGAGCUGUUGGAGCAAGGCAUCCGCUCCACGCUUCGGAUUCCGACACACGUCCCAGCGCCGGCACCCUCGAUGACAGCGGUCGCCGUACAACAGAUGCAAGCUCAGCGAGGGCUGGUUGAAUCCGACAGCUUGCAGAGCUUGGGCUUGAACCCGAGCCAUGCGCUGCAGCAUCCGGGAUUUUACUACUACAUGGCGGCCCGCUGCACUGAACAUCGCAGGGAGCGGUUCUUGGCUGCAGAGGAGGAGGAGGCAACAUCAAACAAGCCAUCCACUGCACCUGGUUUCGCAAAUGAGAAGAAGGUUGACCAUCUUACCAUCAUACUUGAGCUGUAUACGCGCGCGUACGAGCUCUUCAAGAAGUACAGCCCUUCCGUCGGCACAGGUCAAGGGCGCCAGACGCUGCUCAUCGCGUAUCGCAUCGCGCAGACGUAUUACGAAUCUGGAAAGUUUGACAUGGCUGUCCGGUUCUUCGAGCGGAUCGCAAAGACGUAUCGGCGCGAGCGGUGGAACUCGAUGCUCGCCCCGCUGCUCGUGACUUGGUACAAGUGCGCGCAGCAGCUCGGAGACGUAGAGCUUACGGUGAGGUUGCUAGUCGAGAUGCUGGCCAACGGUGCGAAGAUGGACGACGACGACGAAGCGUCAGUGCAAGAUGAUUUGCUGGCUGUGCUCAGAAGUACCGUUCCGUCAUCUUCAGAUGAGCCUUUGAUCGUCGACCUCUCCGAAUCAAGCCCAUUACUUGAUGCGUCUGUUGUCUUCUGGCAAGGCGAAGUCAAAGUGGGCGAAGAAGCCGCCUUCCAGCUGUCCAUCCGCGCGCGGGACGACGUCGAUGUUGGCGAGCUCCCUUUCACCUCCCUCGCAAUCUACUUCUCCGAUGACCACGACGCUGUGCCUCUGCUCCUACGACACCGUGCGACUAUUCCUAACGAUGGAGACGAAAAAAUGGUGUCCUUACUCGGCCUUGGGCAGUGUUCACCAGCCUCGCUGGAGCAGAGAGAGGUGGAUGCAAACCUACGAUGGCGGCCCGGCAAGACGAUUAUCUUUGCGGGGACGAUGGUCCCGGAAGCACCCUCCGUGUUGCGCAUAACACGUCUCGUGUAUACUCUCAAAGAGUCCGCCUGGUGCAUCGAAAUCCCUCACGAUUUCACUUCGACGGUCUCUGCCACUGGCGAGUCCGGACAAUGGCUCAGCUCGUUGAACCCAGUUCGCUACAUUUCGAUCGUGAGGGGCGAUUACUUCAACACUGUGUACGCGUAUUUGUCAUACGUCCGGCACCGACCCCAUCAGUUACAACUCUCCGUUACUCACAGCGCGCCAGCGUACGUGGAUGAAGAGUACCCGAUUCUCGUCGAUAUCACCAACUUCGAUGAUCGCGACUUUGAGGUGGAACUGAACGUGCUACUCCAGCCCACGGACAUCGAUGGCGCAGUGAACUACAUCUCCAUUGACGACGAGAAGUCGUCGGGCCUUAUCAAGGGCAUUCCGCUAGGCGUGCUCAAGCCCGGCGUCAGCGUUCUCAAGAAGCUUUUCCUCGUCAGUACGGGAGGUGCGGGCCCCCGGACGCUCGACAUAUCGGUCCAGUCGCGCCUGUACCUCGCGCCUAUUGACUCCGCGUCACCCGUCUCUCCGGUCUCACCGACCACGGCCGACUUCGCCAAGGCCAAGGAGGAAACGACGGAGACGCUCGAGACGCUGCUUGUUCCGACUGUCGCCUCGCUCGCGGUCGAGUUUGGUACGACGUACAGGAGGAGUCUCGAGCCGAGCGAGGGGGUGAGCGAUCUGGGCGCGUUCGAGAGCGGAACUUGGGAUCCGGUCUCGGGUGGGGAGGCCUACGUAGAGGCGAUUGUGAGGUGUGUGGGGCCGUGGAGCUUGCAGGUGGAAGGUGUGAGCUUGGUCAGGGAGGAUGGAGACCAAGCGAAGAUUCUCGACUCCUCAUUGGAUGAUGGCGUCGACGAUUGGUUGUCGGAAUGGCAAACGGGAGACGAGUUCUGCGACAUAUGCCGGAUUUCGAUUUCGCCUGAUGAUGAAGCUGGGCUCGACGACACAGCGAUCCAGGGUCCGGGUCGUUACGAGAUCAAAUGGAGACGGUACGCACGUCUGAUCUUCGCCACGGUAUCACCGGAUGGCGAACGUGGACCGCUCUCGACUUCCAUCUUCCGUCUGCCUUCGCUCAAACCGCCCAUCGACGGCCUGAUCGCGCUGCUGCACGUCCCGCCGAUGGCCAAGCUGCACACGCCGACCACCGUCCGGCUGACGGUGCGAAAUCGACACCCCUCGCGCGCUGCGAAUUGCGUCGUGCAGGUCGACACCGACCCCUCGGACGCGUUUGUGCUGUCCGGCCUGCGCGGCGGGCGGCUGCCGAUCCUCCUUCCGGGCGGGGAGGAGACGGUGGAGUGGGCCAUGGUCCCGCUCGAGUGUGGGUUUGUGAGGGUGCCGCGGAUACGUGUCGUGGACCGUCGAAAGGCGCAUACGCCCGAGGGCGAGGUGGAAACGAUGGGCGAGAACGUCCCGGUGGUAGAUGUGAGGUGGGAUCAGAGGGAUGCGGAGGGGAAGGGCGUGAUGAAAGACGCCGAGGAGGACGAUUCGGAUUCGGAAGCUUCGGACGACGGCGGAGGAGGGGCGAGGAUGGGAACUGUGCUGGUACUGCCUUGA